AUGUCCGGUCGCGGUCCGAAGUCAAACGGCAAAGCUAGUAAGAGUGGUCGGUCGGAAGCCAAUGAUAAGUUGGUUGAUAACGGUGUCAAUUCUGGUGAUAAAAGUGGUGCUGUGGCUAUGCGGGAUGAACCGGAAGAAAUUAUCGAAGGGCAAUCAUGCAAGAGCUGCAGAAGUCCAGAUACGGAGAAUAUGGUGCAAUGCGAUACGUGUGACGGAUGGCAUCACUACGACUGCGUUGGAGUUACCGAUGAAGUUGCGAACGAGAGCUGGAGUUGUACCAACUGCAAAACAGCAAAAUGGAUCCAGCAAACAAAGUCAACAUCAAACGAUAACUCAACGGCGCAUGUUGUCGGCAGGAAUCAGCACGUUCGCAAUCGUGCUUCCUCGGUAAAGGAGGGCACCGCAACUCAACACCUAUCAACAAAAGAGAGAAUCGAAUCUGCUCAUUCAGACCCGGUAGCAGUAUCCGAUUCAAAGCGGCAGACGCGGCGGAAUUUUCAGAAAGAGCAGCUUCUCGUACCGCAAGUAGAGGGCGUACCAGCCAUCGAGCUGGAGAAGGCGCAAUCAGAGAUCUCGUGUACCUCAUCUAAAAGGUCAGCGCGAGCCCGUGCUAAGUUGCAGUUGCAAAAACUACAGGAAGAGCAGGACUUUGAAAAGCAGCAAGCGGAGCGUCGACGUGUGGCAGAGCAACAAGAGGCGGAGAAGCAUAAACAAUUUUUAAAUAAAAAGUAUACGAUCCUGGAAGAACUGGCUAGUACCAAAGGAUCGAGUCGCUGUUCCAAUGGCAGUUUCUCUAAAAGUCGCGUAGAGGAUUGGGUGUCCGCGGGGCAUGCCCAAAUAAAUCCUGCCCAGGAGAUGCAACCUGAACAAUCUCAAAUACAACGAGAGCCAGUGCAACAGCAGAAUCGCAUACGCUUCCAACCCGGGAAACCUCGUCAACGUGAAGAAAUGUGUACCCCACUCCCUCCGUUAAAUUCGGAAAUAGGUUGUCGGUCGACCGAGGAGUGUUCACGAUGCUUUAAUCCCACCAUACAACCACAGUCCACACAAAUUCAGCCGAACCGGGCACAAAUGCCCCCCAUGAAUUCAACGGCCCUGGGUAAUCGACCCAGUAACACAGUAGGCCACGUCAAUAGUACGAUGGACGAAGAUGCUCUGUUACACCAUCUAAGCAUUACCGAUGAACAGCGGGAGGGGCAAGAUCCGUUCCAGCUUUCUCGCUCCCAAAUUGCCGCAAGGCAAGCAGUCUCAAGAGACUUACCCACGUUCUCCGGAAACCCGGAAGACUGGCCCAUCUUCUUAUCCAUGCUAAAUAGCACGACUGCUAUGUGUGGAUUUACAGAAGAGGAAAACAUUGUGCGACUACAAAAGAGCCUGAAAGGGAAAGCAUAUGAAGCCGUCAAGUGCAGGUUAAUGCAUCCCGGGAAUUUCAACGGAAUAGUCGACACACUAAAAAUGUUGUAUGGUCAGCCGGAAAUCAUCGUACAUUCGUUGAUUGAAAAAAUCAGUUGUCUGCCUGCUGUUCGUGAGGAGAAACUCGAGACUCUAGUCGAUUUUGCAGUAAAUGUACAGAACUUUUGUGCUACGGUCGAGUCGUGCGGCCUUGAGGAAUAUAUGUUCAACGUGAGCCUACUGCAUCAGCUCGUCGGCAAAUUAUCAUCGAAUAUAAGACUUAGCUGGGCCCAAUACCGGAGAACACAAUCGAAGGUCAAUUUAGCAACAUUCAGUGCAUGGUUAUACUCCCUUGCGGAAGCCGCGAGUUCCGUUACGUUUCCUUACCAAACGACACCAACACGAACUGAGGUUCGUAAAACCACCAAAAAAGAAACAUACCUCAACGCGCAUUCCGAAGCGAAUUCAGAAUAUGAAACUGAUCGAAGCGACAGUCUCAAACUACCAGAAGCUACCUUCUCAGCAAAUGAAAGAUGUCCCGUUUGCAAAGGAAUCUGCAAAUCAGUUGCCACAUGUGAGCGGUUUCAGGAGCUCUCCAGAGAUUCCAAGUGGGCCGUAGUUCGAGAGUUUGUACUAUGUCGAACUUGUCUCCGCAAACACAAGGGUAGUUGCAAGGCGAAGCCCUGCGGCAAAGACGGUUGCUCAUUCCGGCACCACGAGCUGUUACACAAUGAUGCGACGGAACAGCUGAAAGGCACUGCAGAUAAAACCGAACACGAGCAAUCUCCGCAGCCCAGUACUAGCAAGUCCGGCUGCAAUACUCAUCAAACAACCGCCAGUUCAGUACUGUUCCGUUACCUUCCAGUGGUGCUGUACGGAGACAAACGAGCAGUGCACACAUACGCCUUCCUGGACGAUGGAUCGGCACUUACACUGCUAGACCAGGAGCCUGCCAAUGAGCUGCAGCUAGACGGGACCGUUAGCCCUCUGUGUCUUCGGUGGACUGCAGGAACCGAGCGGCAUGAAGCCGAAUCUCGCAUCUGUAAUCUCCAAAUUGCUGGUGUCACUGAUAAAGACAGGAAGUUCCUCAUGAAUGGCGUCAGAACGGUGAAAGAGCUGUUGCUGCCACAGCAAACAUUGAACAUGGUUGAAUUGUCGCAGUUGUAUCCUCACCUUCGGGGUCUGCCGAUCGAUUCAUAUAGUAACGCUCGGCCGCGGAUUCUCAUAGGAAUGAAGCACGCCAAGCUCAGUCUUGGCUUGAAGAACCGUGAAGGCGAGAGCGGUCACCCAAUUGCCAUAAAAACUCGACUCGGUUGGACGGUAUGCGGAGGAUGGGGCUCUGAAACCAAUACGAGUCUACACCACUACACAUUCCACAUUUGUCCUUGUGAUACGAAGACCGAUGACGAGCUACACCAAUCCAUGAAGGAAUACUUCGCACUAGAUAGCCUCGGAGUGGCCAAAUCUGAGAAGCCGCUUUUGUCCGUGGAAGAUGAGCGGGCACUAUCAAUGCUUCAAGCGUUGACCCGCUAUAAACGUGGCCGAUAUGAGACCGGUUUACUGUGGCGGUACGAUGACACCCGACUACCCGACAGUCGUGCAAUGGCGUUGCGGCGAUUUCAGUGCCUGAAGAAGCGAAUGGAGAAGGAUCCGGAAAUGGCAAGAACACUGCAAGCGAAGAUCAGUGACUACGUGGAGAAAGGCUACAUUCGAAAGCUCACCACUGAAGAGGUCAACCAGAAAACGCAAAGACGCUGGUACUUGCCGAUCUUUCCAGUUACCAACCCAAACAAGCCUGGGAAAGUGCGGAUUGUGUGGGAUGCUGCGGCAAUCGCCUACGGAACAUCCCUGAACUCAGCGUUGCUGAAAGGACCAGACCUAUUACGCUCACUCCUUGCGAUUUUACUUCAGUUCCGAGAGCGGCGCAUCGGACUGUCCGGUGAUAUACGUGAAAUGUUUCACCAGGUGCUAAUCCGACCCGAAGAUCAACCGUGCCAGUGUUUCUUCUGGAUGAACGAGAACGGAGAGAUGGCGGUGUACGUGAUGCGAGUGAUGACAUUCGGGGCAUGCUGCUCUCCAAGCACUGCUCAGUUCGUGAAAAACACGAAUGCUGAAAGUUUUGCGGACAAGUACCCCGCUGCUUGCGAAGCUAUCAUCAAAUCCCACUAUGUCGAUGAUAUGCUAGUUAGCGUGGAUACCGAAGAACAAGCCAUCGUGUUGGCAAAGGACGUUAGGUACGUCCAUGAGCAGGGCGGCUUCGAAAUCAGAAACUGGGUAAGCAACUCGAAGAAGGUGCUCACCGCGCUGCAGGAAAUCGACACCGAAGAGAAGUGUCUCGACCUGUCUCCAGAGCUGGCCACAGAGAAGGUAUUAGGUAUGUGGUGGAACACUACCGACGAUGUCUUUACAUAUAAGGUGGGUUGGAACCGCUACGAUGCGCCUCUGCUGGAAGGUCAACGACGCCCCACAAAGCGAGAGGUGCUGCGUGUCCUAAUGACCAUCUUCGACCCGCUUGGUUUGGUCUCCCACUUUCUUUCGUUCCUGAAGAUUCUCCUCCAAGAAAUCUGGCGAUCCGGCGUGCAGUGGGACGAAGAAAUCGACGACAACGCGUACACAAAGUGGCAACUAUGGUUGCAAGUUCUACCCCGGCUUGAACAUGUUCGCGUUCCUCGGUGCUACAACUCCGGAUAUCCCCCAGAGAAGGCCGACGAUGUACAGCUACACACGAUGGUCGACGCCAGCGAGAACGGUAUGGCCGCCGCCUGCUAUCUACGAUUCAGCAAUUGCGGAACCAUAAUUUGCUCCAUCGUCGCUGCUAAAUCGAGAGUCGCACCACUAAAAUUUACGUCGAUCCCUAGAAUGGAACUAGCUGCUGCAGUCCUUGGGGCCCGCUUAGCGCGCACCGUGGAAGAAACACUGUCUUUCCGAAUCUACAGAAAAGUAUACUGGUCCGAUUCCAGAGAUGUUCUUUGCUGGAUCAAUUCUGACCAUCGUCGCUACAGUCCAUACGUGGGCCAUCGGAUUAGUGAGAUCAUCGAAAUAUCAGAACCGCGCGAAUGGAGGUGGGUGCCGAGCAAGUUAAACUGCGCCGACGAUGCCACUAAGUGGAGUAGUUUACCAGACAUGUCUUCCGAUCAUCGCUGGUUUAAAGGAGCCGACUUUCUCUGGCGCGCGGAAGAAAAUUGGCCACCAAUACCAACCAUGAGUGGAUCAACUGAUAUCGAACUGCGCCCUUCGUUUCUGGCUGUUCAUACACUGUCAGAGCCUGUCAUCGAUGUCAGCAAUUAUUCAAACUGGCAGAGACUCGUUAAAAUUACUGCCCUUCUUCAUCGCUUCGUUUACAACUGCCGCCUUAAACAUGCCAAGAUAUUGAUUCGCACGGGACCACUUACAGCAAGUGAACUGCUCAUCGCCGAGCGCUCGCUUAUACGGCUCGGUCAACGGGAAAUGUACCCUGACGAGAUCGCUGCCCUCCAGAAAAUUCAAAAUUCGGACUCAAGCACAAACACCGUUUUGAAAACAAGCCCACUCUACCAACUAACACCAUGGUUAGACGAAUACGGAGUUAUGCGCAUGCGGACGCGUAUUGCUGCCUGUCAGUACGCCACUAAUGACGCAAAGCAGCCGGUUAUUCUACACCAAAAACAUCACACCACCACUCUACUAAUAGCACACUACCACCUCAAAUACCAUCACCAAAACCAUGAAACCGUCAUAAACGAAAUACGGCAGAAGUACCACAUCGCUCAUCUCCGCGCCCGUUACCAGCAAGUCAGGAAGGCCUGCCAACGGUGCAAGAACCAGCACGUUUCGCCUAGUCCACCGUUCAUGGCCGAUCUUCCACCAGCUCGCCUUGCUGCCUUCUCACGACCGUUCACUCAUACGGGGAUGGACUACUUCGGGCCGAUCGAGGUCGUCGUGGGGCGAAGAAUCGAAAAGCGUUGGGGAAUGUUAGCCACCUGCCUGACGGUGCGAGCAAUCCACAUCGAGGUUGUGUAUUCGCUAAGCACAAGCUCAUGCAUAAUGGCGAUUCGCAAUUUCAUUAACCGCCGCGGCACCCCGCAAAGAAUAUACAGUGACCGUGGCACAAACUUCGUGGGUGCAAAUCGAGAGCUGAGGCAGCUCAACGACGCACUCAAUCAACAGGAGCUGAUGAAAGAGUUUGCUAGGAAUGCGACUCAUCCGCACCGUUAA